AAAUAACAAUCUAGUCUGUCUUUAGUCUUGUUUGUGUUCCUAAUGCUAAUGCUGGUGGUUGCAUUGAAGCAGAGUGUUAGGUAGAUAGAUAGAUGCACACAUCUUCUUCUUCUUCUUCUUCUGUAACACUUUCCCCUUCCUCUUCUUAUCUCUUUUUCCCACUGCAUGUGCCUCAUUUUCCGGUUUCUGCUUCCAUAAUUCACCUGAUUGGAUGGGAGAAGCAUGUGAAUUUCGAUGUUGGGAUGAAUUGAUUCCUGAUGCAUUAGGGGUAAUCUUCAAAAAUGUUUCUUUGCAAGAGAGAGUGACAGUGAUUCCAAGGGUAUGUAAAUCAUGGGCUAAAGCAGUGUCUGAGCCUUAUUGUUGGCAAGAGAUAGAUAUUGAAGAAUGGAGCAAUCAUUGUCAACCUGACCAACUUGAUCAGAUGAUUCAUAUGCUUGUCAAUAGAAGUUGUGGAACCCUCAGGAAGCUGUGUGUUUCUGGUCUCCAAUCUGAGACUGUUUUCACUUUCAUUGCUGAAAAUGCUGGAUCCCUUAGAAGUUUGCGACUGGCGCGGAGCAGUAUGAGUGAUUCAAUUGUGGAACAAAUUUCCGGAAAGCUUUCUAUGAUAAGUUUCUUGGAUGUGAGCUAUUGUAUCAAAAUCGGUGCGCCUGCUAUCGAGAUAAUUGGCAAGAACUGCAAACUACUAGAAGGGUUAUGCAGGAACAUGCAUCCAUUGGAUACCGCCGGCAAGCCAUUACAAGACGACGAGGCAAUUGCGAUUGCAACCACGAUGCCGAAGCUUAAACAUCUUGAAAUGGCUUAUCAUAGGAUAAGCACUUCGGGGGUUGAUCAAAUUCUUUCAAACUGUCCAAAGCUUGAAUUUUUGGAUCUUAGAGGGUGUUGGGGUGUCAACUUAGAAAACAACAUGUUGCUGAAGCAGAAUUUUCCAAUGCUUAAAGUUUUGGGGCCUUUUGUUCUUGGUGCUUAUGAGAGUGAUGGUUGGGAUGAUGAUGAUUACUCAGAUUCUUCUGAGGAUUUGCCUUGGGAUUAUAUAGCUGGUGGUGAAUAUUAUGUUGAUGAUGAUAGUGAUGGUUAUGAAGGAAUGAAUAUGAUAGAAGAUGAGCUUCAAUUUGGAUUUUAUGAAGGGAUAGAAGAUGCUGGAAUGUAUUGGCCUCCAUCUCCAUAAUUUGAUUGUAUUAUAACAUUUGCAUAUUAAUUUAUUGUAUGCUUUUUCUACUAUAUGUAACUAAUGUUUCUACUUCACUUUUAUGUACUCUAUUAAUUUAUGAAUGAUGUGUUUUUUCUUCAAAUUUCA